UCCCCCCCUUAAACCCUCGUCUUUCAAUCAGGGUUUUUAUUUUCCCACAACAAAGCCUUUUCUUUUCCCGUCUCACCCCUCUUAUCUUCUUCUUCAUCACUCCCCAGUCCAACAAGCCCAUCUCACCAAUACUGUAAUUUUCCUCUGUUUGUUUCUCCAACCCUUCCUUCAAUGGCGCCUGUCCUAAGCAGAAGCUUGGCCUCUGCUUCCGUGGCAUCGCUUCCUUCCUAUCCGUCCUCGUUUUCGUGCAGGAACAGCAGUAAAGUCUACAGCCUCAAGAGGAGUGCUUUCGUGCCACAAAAUGGUCUUAGGCAAGGGUUUUCUUCUGGGUCUGGUCUGAAGUGGAAACUCGAAAGGAGAGGGAGGGGAUUGGUUGUACGGUGCGAUGCCGCCACCGUUGCCGAGAAAGAAGCGCCCGAGACGUCCGGCGAGCGGCACGAAUACCAAGCCGAGGUUAGCCGCCUAUUGGAUUUAAUAGUUCAUAGUCUAUACAGCCAUAAGGAAGUGUUUCUUAGGGAGCUUGUGAGUAAUGCAAGCGAUGCCCUUGAUAAGUUGAGGUUCUUGAGUGUGACUGAGCCUUCCUUACUUGGUGAUGCCGGGGAGCUGGAGAUUCGCAUUAAGCCUGACCCAGAUAAUGGGACCAUCACUAUAACGGAUACUGGUAUUGGGAUGACAAAGGAGGAGCUCAUAGACUGUCUUGGAACUAUUGCUCAGAGUGGUACCUCGAAAUUCUUGAAGGCUAUUAAGGAAAAUAAUGACCUUGGAGCUGACAAUGGUUUAAUUGGUCAAUUUGGCGUUGGAUUCUAUUCAGCUUUUUUGGUUGCUGAAAAGGUGGUAGUGUCUACAAAGAGUCCGAGGUCAGAUAAGCAGUAUGUCUGGGAGGCGGUAGCUGAUAGUAGCUCAUAUGUGAUUAGGGAAGAAACUGAUCCUGAAAAGCUCCUUCCUCGUGGAACCCAAAUUACACUUUAUCUAAGGCCUGAUGAUAAAUAUGAAUUCGCAGAGCCAACAAAGAUUCAGAGUUUGGUGAAGAAUUACUCACAGUUUGUUUCAUUCCCUAUUUACACAUGGCAAGAGAAGUCUCGCACUGUUGAGGUGGAAGAGGAGGAAGAACCAAAAGAGGGAGAGGAGGCCAAACCAGAGGAUGAGAAGAAAAAGAAAAAGACAACUAAAACUGAGAAAUACUGGGACUGGGAGUUGGCUAAUGAAACUAAACCUAUAUGGAUGCGGAAUUCAAAGGAAGUCCAGAAGGAUGAGUACCAUGAAUUUUACAAGAAGACAUUUAAUGAAUUUUUGGAUCCACUUGCAUGCACUCAUUUCACCACAGAGGGCGAGGUGGAGUUUAGAAGUGUUCUCUAUGUUCCUGGCAUGGCACCUCUUAACAAUGAAGACAUUGUAAAUCCUAAGACAAAGAACAUACGUUUAUAUGUGAAACGUGUAUUUAUUUCAGAUGACUUCGAUGGUGAACUGUUUCCACGGUACUUGAGCUUUGUGAAGGGUGUGGUGGAUUCAGAUGACCUUCCUCUUAAUGUGUCUCGUGAAAUCCUUCAAGAAAGCCGAAUAGUAAGAAUAAUGAGAAAGAGGCUCGUCAGGAAAACAUUUGACAUGAUUCAAGAGAUAUCUGAAAGUGAAAGUAAAGAGGAUUACAAAAAAUUCUGGGAGAACUUUGGCAGGUUUCUAAAGUUGGGAUGCAUUGAAGAUACUGGGAACCACAAACGCAUAACACCACUGCUAAGAUUCUUUUCAUCCAAAAGCGAGGAGGAAUUAAUCAGCCUGGAUGAUUAUGUUGAAAAUAUGGGUGAAAACCAAAAAGCUAUCUACUAUUUGGCAACAGACAGCUUGAAAAGUGCCAAGACUGCUCCUUUCUUGGAGAAGCUGGUCCAGAAGGAUAUUGAGGUUUUGUAUCUUGUUGAGCCAAUUGAUGAAGUUUCCAUCCAGAAUCUGCAAACCUAUAAAGAAAAGAAAUUUGUUGAUAUUAGCAAGGAAGACUUGGAACUUGGUGAUGAGGAUGAAGUUAAAGAAAGGGAGACUAAACAAGAGUACAAUGUUCUUUGUGAUUGGAUAAAGCAGCAGCUAGGUGAUAAGGUGGCAAAGGUCCAAGUCUCAAAGCGCCUUAGCUCAUCCCCCUGUGUACUUGUUUCUGGCAAGUUUGGAUGGUCUGCUAAUAUGGAAAGGUUAAUGAAAGCACAGACCUUAGGAGACACUUCAAGUUUGGAGUUUAUGAGAGGGAGGAGAAUUUUAGAGAUUAAUCCUGAUCAUCCCAUCAUUAAAGACUUGAAUGCUGCAUGCAAAAAUGCACCAGACAGUAGUGAUGCUAAAAGAGCCGUAGACCUCUUAUACGACACAGCAUUGAUCUCAAGUGGAUUCUCGCCUGAUAGUCCAGCUGAACUGGGUAGCAAGAUAUAUGAGAUGAUGGCAAUGGCCCUCGGAGGAAGGUGGGGAAGAUCAGAGAAGGAUGACGAUGAGGAGGUGGCUGAGGCGCCGAUACCUGACAGCUCUGAAGAGUCUGAGGCAGAAGUCGUUGAGCCGUCAGAAGUGCGAGCAGAGAGUGAUCCUUGGCAGGAUUGAUUAGGCUGUUAGGAGGACUUUUCCUUUUUGGCCCCAUUUUUGGGGAUUGUUUUACAAGCAAGAUUAAAGGGAAAUCGAAAUAUAGCAGCAGCAGGCAACAGAGAGGUGGAAAUGUUUUAUUUUAGGCAGUGAAGAGACUUAUGGAAAGUACUGUUUUGUUGAAUGUACUGUUGUUGAUAACUGGACGCCCAGAGUUUUUAAAACAGUUUCAACUUUCAAUUACAGAAGCAGCAAGAAGAGAGACCCCACGUUGACUUUUGCUUUUCUAA